UCCUGUAAGGACAAACAGAGCCCAAACACCACACCAAGACUGACAUGCCUCUGGUGGGUAAGAAUAGCCUCACAAUAGAGCUCACAUCUCUCGCCUUCUGUUGUCUGAGAACAGUUGUUGUCAGGACAGAAGCAGAGGGAAGAUGGGAAACCAGGUUGGUGGACACGCGUGAGUCGUGCUGUUGCGGAUUUCAGCUGACCUGCUGUGUAGGACCUGACCAGGAAUUUGAGUGCUUGUAAAUAGCACUUAUUUUAAAUGCCUGCUUGGACUGAGUUUAAUACAGACUGUAAAAUAUUGUUUCUUGUGUGGAAUCAAGUGGGCUGUGAGUUGACCAGGAUAUUCUGUGCAGUAGUCUCCGGGGUUGGAGGCCUAAAUCUGCUGGCAUGGCUAAACAGACUGCAUCUGAAAUUAUCUUCAUAACACUGAACCACAACGUCACCCUUAUAGGGAAAGCAUGGCUUGUCCUGGUGAUAUUCCUAAGGAUCCUGAUCUUGCUGUUUGCUGGUUAUCCCCUCUUCCGGGAUGAGCAGGAAAGAUUUGUGUGUAACACCAUUCAGCCCGGUUGUGCCAAUGUGUGCUACGACAUGUUUGCCCCUCUCUCCCUUUUCCGAUUCUGGCUGGUGCAGCUCACCACCCUGUGCCUUCCCUAUAUGAUGUUUGUCACUUAUGUGAUCCACAAACUGACUGCUGAUAGCAGAACUUCUGAGUCCAUAAAAGCGGACUCUAUCUAUAAGAUCCAUCAAGAACCAUUCAGAAAAUCAUCUCUUUGUAAGACCGUUGUUAAAGCUGGGAAGGGCCAGGUGCAGUACUUCACAGGAGCCUACAUCCUGCAUCUGUUGCUUCGGAUACUUAUAGAAGCUGGAUUUGGAGCUGCACAUUAUUACUUGUUUGGCUUCCAAAUCCCCAAACGCUUCAUGUGUCAGCAGCCACCUUGCACAACAACAGUGGACUGCUACAUCUCUAGACCCACUGAGAAAACCAUCAUGUUGAACUUCAUGUUGGGGGCAGCCACUCUGUCCUUGUUGCUAAAUGUGUGCGACCUAAUUUGUGGCGUCACGCGCUCCGUGAGGCAAAAAAGCAAAGGAAAGAUGCUAGUAGAGAAGAUGUACGCCGAGGAGCAGUACUACUUGUCAGGGAAUGGAAAUGAAGGAGUGGACGCCAGCAUCCAGCCGACUCGAGAUGUGAUGGGACCAGGAGGUUACGGCAAAAGAGGGACCAGGAAAUCAAGUGGCUAUCAAGCUGCUUCCAUUUUUUUGGUUGAUGACCCUCCACCAACCUCAAGACUUGGAGGAAUGCCUGGCUCCAACAACAAUGAUGAUAGCAGCAGCUACCAACCCAACCAAGAAGAGGGGAUGGUUAGAGAGGGCAGUGAAGUGGCAUUGUGCCCCAGAGAGCCUUUGGGGACUCCUAGAUCCAUUAAAGUUAGCAAACGCAGUCGUCUCAAACCUCCACCGCCACCACGAAGAGACAAACUAGCUACUCAAGGUGCAAUCGAUGUCUCAGGAGCAACAGCUGUGUGCACCAGAAGAUUAGGGCAAUAUACUCUGGUAGAAAUGACCACCGGUGAGGACAUACCAGCUUGCAAUGGAGAUGGACAAGAGAAGAGGUCGGAAUGGGUUUGACUGUCUCGCCAGAUGACUAAGAAUUUGACUUUUAGCUUUCAUUUUGAAGCACUGAAAGAAGAAAAGUUGAUUGGGAGUUGACUGGAAUGAAGUGACGUGAUUAGAAUAGAUUGCUUGGAGAAACAAGGUGAAAUGAGAGGUAUUAUUAGAUAUC